CCGGGAUAAUGCCAAAGGGGAUCAAAAGGCAGGACCCAACUUCAUAUUUACAGUGAAUGGAUUACUUUAACCAGUCCAAGUAAAUAUACCCCCGCCACUACCACCUAAUGCAACAAUCACCAAGUAUAAUUUCCAAAAAUGAUACUAGGAAUUUGACAACCAAAGCGAAAUCUCCUGAAGCUUUAGCUCAUCUAGGGGCUGGGGCAACUGCAGGAUUAGUUUCUGCAAUUACGCUUCAACCAUUUGAUUUACUUAAAACCAGAUUACAACAACAACAUACUGUUAAAAUAUCAUUAGCUAGUGAACUAAAGAAUAUCAAUACAGUCAAGGAUUUGUGGAGAGGAACGUUGCCAUCAGCAUUACGAACUUCCAUGGGAGCGGGAUUGUAUUUUACCUGUUUAUCCAAGAUGAGAAGUAACUGGGCAAACUUCAAGGUAAAGUCCAACCCCAGCUUAAAUACCACAUCCAACUCAUCCGUCUUGCCUAAAUUGACUCCCUUGGAAAAUUUGGCUACUGGGUUUGUCGCUCGGGCUAUUGCUGGAUAUAUCCUUAUGCCUAUAACGAUAAUUAAGACCAGAUUUGAAUCUAAUAUUUACAAUUACAAUUCAAUGUAUGAGAGUAUAAAGGGGAUAUACUAUAAUGAAGGGACCGGAAUGGUCACAACAGUGAGAUCGGGGUCUUUGAGAAACUUUUUUAAAGGGUCGGUUGCAACCUUAAUUCGAGAUUGUCCGUACGCUGGUCUUUAUGUGCUAUCAUACGAAAGUUUCAAGAAUGACUUAUUUCCUGUAUUAAUACCUGUGACAAUAGACCAUAGGGCAAGUAUAAUAAAUUCAGGAGCAGCUGUACUUGCAGCUACGGCUUGCACAAUGCUUACAGCACCGUUCGACGCAAUCAAAACAAGAUUACAGUUAACUAACGAAUCUUCAAUCUUAAAAGCUAGCAAGAUAUUAGUUAAUGAACCAGGAGGAGUAUCUAAUUUAUUCCGAGGUGUUUCGUUAAGGUUAGGUAGAAAAGCUAUAAGUUCUGGAAUAAGUUGGUGUAUUUAUGAAGAACUAAUCAAAAGUGAUUUCUCCCAAAAUUUAUUUGUUAAAAAGGAAAGAUUGUCUUCGUGAUAUUCAUAAAUUUGUACAUAGUAACCAAAAUAGACCAUACAUUGGUAAUAC